AUGAUCCAAAGAGCCGACGAAGGAAUUCGAAGAAUGGAAAGUGUAACCCCGCGCCGCUCGCUCUCUCUAGCCAUGUCCUUUCAUGAAGAUGGAGGUCAUGAUAUAAGCAAUGAAAAUGGCCAUUCGACCGCAUUUCACGUUGUCCACCGCUCUGCAAUCUGCCACGACGACGGAGUUUCCGAGCAAACGAUACUCGAUGUGCUCCACUCGACUCUGUUUGUACAGCUUGCCACGAAAAAACAGCAUGAGGAGUGGGUCUCUCGCUACAAGGAGUUGCUCGCUGUGAUUGGAUGGGUGGACCAAAGUCAUACGUCGCUGCAAACAACUAGACAUGCAGUCUCAUCAUCGGUUGCUGAUUAUGCUAUCCACUGGCUUGAGAGUACCGACAGCGCUUCUCGCGAUGUGGUCAACCGACUUAUCAACACCAUUCGCUCUCUUGAGCGGCUUGAAGCCAACAGCGAUGCAUUAAAGCUGUUCAACAGCAUGGCCAUUUCUGACGACAAAACCUCAGCUAUUUUCCAAAUCGCGGCGGUUUCCCACGACAACUCGAAUGCACCGCUGCUCACCAGCUUGAUAUGUGCCUAUCGCUCUCAUGAUAUCGACGACGCUCUUUUCUUCCACCCACAGGACGACAAUGACCUGGAGCUGCACCUCCAAUUGUCCGUAUUUGUUCUCAACGCGCAAGUUUACGCACAUGCACGUCAGAGUAUCAAAGACCGUCUUGCCACCCAUAUAUCAGAGGGCAUCGUCUCUACGGCUCACGACACCUUGAAGUUGGAAAUUCGAAGCAAGCCCACGUGGUCCUACAAGACUUGGAUGACAAACUGGACGAAUGAAGAGACUCACCAAGCCGUUCCCGACGAAAGCACCCUCGCAACGGCUCGCGAUGCGCUAAUCACCCGGCUACCCGAGGGAGGCUGUGGGUUAGGGAGUAUAAAAGAGCAUCUGUUGAAGGACAUUGCUGGUGGAUUCACUUCCUCAAGCCGCUCCGCCACCUAUUUCGCCUACACGACUGGUGGAGUUACAGAUGCCGCUUUGUUUGCAGAGUGGGUAGCCAGCACGUAUGAUCAGAAUGUGGCGGUUCACCUCCCGAACGAGUCUAUCGCCACCACUCUCGAGGCGACAACAUUGCGACUGCUCCAACAACUUCUCAACUUUGAUCAAGAUACUUUUGCUGGCCGGAUAUUCACGACUGGCGCAACAGCAUCCAACCUGUUGGGUCUGGCUUUAGGAAGGGAGUAUGUUGUGGCAGAAGCAGGCCGACGAAAAUCACGUCCUGUGAACUCAAGCAUCGCUGAGCUCGGUCUUCUCGAGGCGUGUUCCCAUGCUGGGGUGUCAGAUAUCCAAGUUCUGACCACCUGCCCGCAUUCGUCUCUCUACAAGGCCGCAUCGGUUGUCGGUCUCGGCAGAGAAUCAGUGGUCGUCCUCCCUCGCAACGAAGAAGAACCCUGGCGGUUCGAUCUGGAUGCAUUGGCUUCAAAGCUAGCCAAUGGAAGUGCGAGUAUCGUGUCGGUCAGUGCCGGUGAAGUCAGUUCUGGCAAGUUUGCCACAGAUGGCGAAGACAUGAAGCAUAUUCGGGCUCUAGCAGACCAAUACGGUGCCUGGAUUCACGUUGAUGGAGCAUUUGGCUUGCAAGCUCGUAUACUUCCUCAGUCCAAGGAAUACAGUCGUCUUCGAAGCGGAGUCUCAAAUCUCGAGCUGGCUGACUCAAUCGCCGGCGACUGCCACAAGCUAUUGCAGAGUCCAUAUGAUUGUGGUUUCUUCUUCAGCAAACACGCUCAGUUACAAGAACAAGUCUUUCGGAAUCCCAAUGCGGCCUACCUGGCUACCGCGUUGUCUUCCAUACUAUCUCCCUUGAAUAUCGGACUCGAAAACAGCCGUCGUUUCCGGGCUCUACCCGUUUACUCCUCUCUGGUCGCUUACGGGCGGUCCUGGUACCAAGCUCUCCUUGAACGCCAAAUUGCGCUGACACGCCGCCUUGCGGCCUACAUCGUCAACUCAACCGUCUACGACUUGCUUCCCAAUGACAAGCUCGAGGAGGUAUAUAUGGUGCUGCUCUUCCGCGCCAAAGACGACGAGAUGAACAAACAACUCGUUGGUCUGAUCAACUCGGACAACCAGAUUCACGUCUCUGGCAUGUCUUGGCAAGGGGUCCAAGUUGCACGUAUUGCGGUGGGAACGUGGCGCGUUGAUGUCGACCGGGACUUGAAAGUUGUGGUGGACAAACUGGAGAAGAUAGCUCAAGAAUGGAAGAGUCAAGUUUGA